GCUCCCCUCGGCUGUCCCCGGCGCUCCGCGGCUGCAGCGCCGGCGUUCCGGGCUGUCCGCGCCCCCACGGCGGGAGCUGAUCCCAAGUGUCCCGUGUUCCGUUCCCGGGGAGCCGCCGGGCACUGAGGGGCUGCCGGUUGCUGUUGUUUGAUGCUGCGUUGUUUUGUUGGGUUUUUUUUUCCCUAACUGUGAGGCUGGGCUUUUAGUGGAGACCGUGAUCCGUCGCGAUGAGUUUUCUGCUGCCCAAACUGACCUGUAAGAGGGAGGUGGAUCAGGCAAUAAAAAGCGUCGCUGAGAAGGUUUUGGUUCUCCGUUUUGGAAGAGAUAAUGAUGCUGUUUGUCUGCAGCUCGAUGAUAUUCUUGCAAAAACAGCCCAUGACCUAAGUAAAAUGGCAGUCAUUUACCUGGUGGAUGUGAACGACGUCCCAGUGUACACCCAGUAUUUUGACAUCAGUUAUAUUCCAUCUACUGUGUUUUUCUUCAAUGGACAGCACAUGAAGGUUGAUUAUGGGUCUCCAGAUCACACCAAAUUUGUGGGAAGCUUCAAAACAAAGCAAGACUUCAUAGAUCUGAUUGAAGUGAUUUACCGCGGAGCCAUGCGGGGAAAGCUCAUUGUGAGAAGUCCCAUUGAUCCCAAUAACAUUCCUAAAUAUGACCUUCUCUACCAAGGAAUUUAAUGGGUUGACCUGAGCAAAUAAUUACACAAAUUGACGAUGUGGUAGAUCCCUUUUUCCUUUGAGCAUUUUUGGCCUCCUCUGACAUUGUGGGACAGUUUGAGCAUUUAUCCUGAAGGAUCAUAUUGGUCUCCUUCUGAAGACAGAUAUUCUGUCACCUCGUGCUUCUCUCAUAAAUAAAGCUACAUGCUCAUGCACAGAGUUCA